AGCGCGCGGCGGGCUUGGGGGGCGGCGGCGGCUCUGGGCCACCCAUGGAGCGGCGGCGCCUCCGGCUCGCCUCUGGCGCUGGGCGCGCGAGGAUAUGCGCGAGCACGCCUGGGCCCCGCGCCCCGGCGACGCCGCCCCUGGCCCAGCAGGGGCGUUUUCUGUCCUCCCGCCCGCGGCCGCCGCGAAGGGGCCCGCCCGACCGGGCGCGGGCGGGCGGCCCCGCGGCGGCGCGCUUCGCCGGGGCGGCGCGCUCCGCGCGGCCGCGCGGGGCGCUGGCGCCUCGAUGGACCCGCAGGCGGCGGCGGCGGCCGCGAGCGGCGCCCAGCCGCCCGGGCCGCCCGGCGGCCCGCUCGUCGAGCAGCGCGCCGUGGGCCUCGGCGCCGGCCUCGAGGCGGUGGCGGCCCGUGCGGAGGUCGAGGGCCUCCUGCUGUGGUGGCGCUCGAGCUCCCCGACCCUGGACUUCCGGCCGUCCCCCGAGUUCCUGCUGGACGACGCCGCGGCGUGGAUCGGUUGCACCGUGACCGUGCUGUGGAUCGCGCGGAAGAUCCUGGUCAGACGGCCGCGGAUUUGCUCGGCGGUGGCUCUGGCCUGGCUCGGAUGGUUCGGGUGCCAGGUCUUCGUCAUCACCGGAUACCCGGCCCUGGAGGCGGCGCAAGACCGCGGUGCGACUGCUCUUGUGGCCACGAAGAAGCUGGUCCACGCGCUGGUGGAGACGAACAAGGCCUGGCUGAACUUUUUCCUGCCGUGCCUCCCCGACAUGUGCUGGUGGGUGAUGCAGGUGUGGCAGCGGUUGGUGCAGGUGCUGCAGCAGCUCUCCAGGGAGCAGCAACUCAUGCUUGGCUGCUCUCUCCUCGCGGGCUACGCGAUGGUCGAGGUGUACCGGAUGUACGGGCGGCACAAGGACAACGUGAAGAUGGUUUUCUUCCACGCGUUUUUCUUGGUGGCCGCGCCGGUGAUGCUCUAUCUGAGCGGGCUGCUGCCUAAGGGUUGGCUCCCGGCCUGCCUCAGCGCGGCCGUCACCCUGGUGCCCACGGGUUUCAGCCUAUCGGUGCUGGCGGCGCCGGCCCAGCCACGGAAUGGCUGGGGCGGCUCUCCGCGACACACGGAUUCCACCUACGAGACCGUGCAGCAGAGGCGCUGGCUGUCCUACUGGGCCUGCUGGCCCAUGCUCCAGGCCUGCACGACCCUGCUGCCCGACUACGUGUCCUUCUUCACGGCGCAUCCGGACCCGGGACCUGCAGGACCUGUUCUACCGGGCGGCGCUGGUCUUCGUGGUGUGGCUGCAGUUCUGGCAGGGCAGCAAGUUGCUGAGCUUCUCUAUGCAGGGCAUCCUCCGCCUGCUCUUCCACGAGAGCGUGCUCGACUAUUGCGCGUCGUGGCUUGGUGGGUACGGGAAGCAGGCGCUCCAGGCCGCCCGGGGAGGGCUGAACCUCACAUGCAACUGGAGCCUCUUCGGGAUGAUGGGCCUGUGGAGGUACAUGCGGCGCCUGUGGCUCUGGGCCGUCGCCGGGCUCGUCGGCGUCGUGGUGCUCGUGGCGCUGGCCAGGCUGUUCAGCCGCACGCUCGCCGUGGCGAGGACGGCGUUCGUCGUACUGCUGUGGUGCUUCGUGGCGAUCGACUCUGUGGAUACCCUGGACAAGCACGACGCCGACCUGAUUCGCGAGGAGACUCUCGUUCUGGGUGCUCGCCAUGCUGUGGGAGCUUGCAGCCACUAUACCUUACAUCGGCGUUCUCGUGA